GCCUCACCGGCGGCACCAGCAGUGGAGUCGCUUCCCAAGGCACCCAUGGUCGCGGUGCCGCCGCCCAUCGCGGCCAAGGCCUCAUCGAGUGGGGGGCCUUCUCCGGAGAAGGUGCAGCUGGACGCUAUCCUACAAUCGUUGGUGGCGGCCAAGCUCCCUAUACCACCGGAGACGCAGGCGCUUAUGGACCAAUUGAUGAAGGAAGAUGCUCAGGACAAUGCGAGAAAUAUGCAUCGAGCAGUCUCUGCCCAGUCCGUUGCCCGCAAGGAGCUCAGCAGUGUCAGGACCUUGCGGGCGACGUAUCUGCAAGAAUGGUCUGGAUAUAUCACCUCGGUCACCGAGCUCUUGGAGCGCCAAAUUGCGGAGCAACAGCAAGUGCUCUCCGAUUUGGACGACAGAGAGCAAGCAGCACAGGACGCAUGGCUGAGGGCCAGGGCGGACCUCAAGAGGAUGACCAAGGACGACCUUCAGGAUGGCAGGGAGAAGGAAGAGGCGGAGAUGGAGGAGAACGACGCCAUGGUCGAGGACGCGAUAGAGCUGGAAUCCCUCAGGAAGGAGGCCAGGGAGAAGGAAUCCGCCAAAUCAGACAAUCUCAGGAAUGCUCUGGUCAAUAUCAGGCAGCAGGCCUCGGAGCAGGCCGCAUCCGCGCGACGAGAUGGCUCAAGGACGCCGCGUCGCUCCGCCAAGGUGGAGAGCUUCGAUCUUACAGCCGAGGACACACCAGGCGCGGCGGAGGCUGCAGCUACCAAGAUUGCUCCCAAGGCAGAGGAUGCCACCUUCGUUUCCAAGGAGUUGGCGGCAUACCUUGCCGUCAGUCUAUCCUUUGAGGUUGCCAUGGCUGAGCUGCCUUUCAUCCGCCACACCUUCUUGGAGGAUCCUCGAUUUGGUUUGGCCUUGGAUGAUUGCUGGUCAGAGGGGCUGCCACUGGACGACCGGGCGUUGGAUCACGCGGCCGGUUCCCCUGUUAAGCCUUGUGACGGUCGCCCCUCGCAGCAUGUCAGUGUCCAAUCGGAGCCGGCAGGACUCGGGGUUGAACGUCCUAGGCUGGACAGGGUGACUGCGACAGCGUUGUCUGAUUGUACGGCAAUUGCCGGCAACCAGCUUGAGGCUGCUGAGGUGCGCUUCUGCCGGAAGAGCAUCGCUGAGGGCGGAGCAUGUACAGUGUCUGUACAUAGUCACGGUCGGCUACCAUCCUGCCUGCACCCGUGUUCCCACGUCCUUCCCUUGCCGGUGACUUUUGCCGACACGCAGACCGAGGCCCUGCGUUUCCGGUCUGGACUUGUGCGUCGUUUCAACCAGCAGGCUUCCAGACAUGCACUGGCCGUUUCCUUCAAUGCCAGACAAGGUUCCCAGGUCGGUGCCGUUUCGAGCAUUGGUGCGUGCUCCGUGCUUCCCUCCGACCCUGCGGAGGUUACCACCAUGAUAGGCCUAGCUGCUCGCCCAGCGAGCCCACCAGUUGCCUUGCGGGUGUUUUCAGCGGCCCUUACUCAUGGAGGCUCCCUGUCGCAUCAGCUGCAGCCUUGUGUGGCUAGCGCUGAAACUGUCCAUCUACCAGUCAUGCCUCCCUUGUCCCUCUCAGGUCAGGUGACAGGCUUUUCCAUGCAGGCGCUUUCCUGCGCCGACGGGUUUGGCCGGCCGAGUGGACUUCCGGUUUCCAAGGGGAGGCCAUCGGGUGUGCGGGGUUUGGUGGCGCAGCGUGUGUCUCUCACACCCAUGGAGUUGGAUAGGCCCGAGCUGAGGCAGCUACCGCUCACCUCCUUCUCGUGGUACCUUGGACACAGAUCCAUGGGCGCUGUGGUUGGGGAGUCGCAGUACGAUAGAUAUGCGGUCUUUUCGACGUCCAUGCAUGCUGAAACAAGGAAGCUGCCAGGUCUCGGCACCCUUGACGACAUAGUUGAGGACCUGGUUGGUGUCUUUCCUAACCUCCGCUCUGUGCGCGUGAUGCAGCGCCGUCUACACGGCUUUCCUGCGGCCCAGGUAGCCAUUGCGACGAGGGCUGAUCCUCCAGAUCACCUGAUCAUCCCUCUGGACCACCGAGCUCUUCAAGGCAGGAUCUGCACACUGGCCUUCGCCCUGGGAACCAACGCAGGGGCAGUUCGCCAUACUAGCGCUCUCCAAUGCCCCGAGGCGCGCCUGCCGCGUUUCCCUUACAUGCUCUUGGAUGAUCAAGGCCAUCCCUUUGCGGCCUUUCCGCUUGCGAGGGCUGUUGGCGAUGUGGUUGUGGACUACCUGCAAUCUGUGCCUGCGCCCGACCCUCCGGGCGAACAUGAACAGGAGCCUGAUCACGUUGUCUUGCUGCAGCAACAUGGGCGUGCCCAGACUCAGCGGACGCCUGUUAUUGAGCGUCACAUGUUGGCGCCUUUACCUGCUCGUGACGGCCAGGCUAUGUGCUGCGAAAAGGCGGUGCCGCGAGCAGCGCCGGAGCUUUGGUAUGCCCCUCCGCACCAAAGGGCGCCGGUUGGUCCUCUCGGGACCACUGGGGAAGAUGAGCCACCUUCGCUACUAUCCCUUCAGCAUCCGUGGGCUGCCAAGGCCGCACUUGACACUUGGCCGCCCCAGCCAGUUCUCCUGGGGGUGGCGAAGCGAGCCACCGUUGUGGUGCAUCAAAUGUCGUGGGGCAAGCCUGAGGAUGACACUGCUCACCUUUUUACUGUUUUCGACUGCCAACGCCAUCAUGUGGUCUUGCGGGCUGAAGGAGCAAUUCAGGUGCAGCAAUUUGUGCAGCGGGCUGUUGAGUCAGCCCCGCAGGCCGUUCGGGCAGUCCAACUGCUUAUGGAUCCAGUGCAGGGCUUGCCAUUACCACAGCUAGUCCUCACCCUCGUUACUGAUGCCAGGGAUCGAAUGGCAGUGCCGUGGGAUGGUAGGUCUGUGGGCCUCCCAAUACGAACAGUGGCGCACUUCUCGGGGGAACCCCUGGCGCAGGCUGCUGCUGAUUUGCAAGCCACACUCCCUCAGGAGCCGGAUGUGGCCCUCCACAUACUCACGGGGAGGUUUGUGGUCCUGGAUGUCGCUGGCAUCAUGCAGGGAAACUUCCCCGACGACCUCACGGAGUUGCAGGUGCUCCGUGUUGAGAUGUCGGGAUGGGGUGCCGGCCACUCGGAGGGGGACACUCUUCGCCUGCCACCGUAUCGCCUGCUCCCGGGCGGUAUGGGUUUCGCUGGCACUACGAGCACCACCACUGGCAUGAUUGGCCCUACGCAGCAGAUAUUUCGGGUCCGCAUCUUGUCGGUCGGCAAGGAGGUGCAUAGAGACCUCCCUCGGCCCAUCACUCAGCUUGAUAUGUACCUGCACUACCUGUUGCUGGAGCUCCAGCGGCUUGAGCCAAACACGGAAGGAGAGACAAUGCUCAUGCUCGCUAAGGCACAGCCGCCGCCGGAAGGACACAUUCAAGAGAUACUUUUCGUUGCGUGGUCACCGGAUGAUCCGAACCAGGCACAUGCAGUCUAUGACACCAGGCCCCACUUCGGUGCAGUUGCGGUUGAGGCCACACACCGCAUUCGCACGGUUGAAAGUGUCCUGCCUGCAGAGUGGAGGCAGCACGGCCUCUCUGUGUUGGUCAAUGGAGCUCCUGACCACCAUGCCCAGCGCCAGGUCCUUGACGCCGAUUACCUGCAGAUUGGCCAAGCCAACUCUUUCAUCCCGCAUACGGCUACAUCGGAGAUCAUGGAUCUGGUUCCUAAUGCGGAAGCUUAUGGGUGGCCGUUCCAAGCUCGCCGCGCGGCAGGAGACACUUCCUUCGCUGAGCGGGUUAGGCAGCGUCGGAGGGCGGCAAGGGUUUGGUUAGCUCAGGAGGGUACAGCCACGAUUGUGGGCCCGGCUCAUGCACCCGUGCGCCUGCGUGUGGACGGGGGCCUUGUUCCAACUGUGGAGGAGCUGAGGGAAGCUGUGCAGCGUGUCCCGGAAUUCCACCGGAUGUACCUAGCAAUCUCCCUCACGACUGACCAAAGGCCGCCGCCGCCGCCUGAACGGCAGACCUUGAGCCCCUCCGGGCGUGUGGUGCCGCGGAGUCGCACCUCUAUGGCCCGUGUGCAGUCCGAUGAGGUCCCCCUGAACCGAAAGCUGGCUCUGAACCGGAGGGAGCAUGCUUGCUACAACUUGCGGCCGGCGAUGUCUCCCUUCAAUUGCCGUGCCUCCGAGGCUGCACUGCAGCUCCCUGUGCCUAUUGAUGCCGUCCCACUUGCCUUUUCUGGGGCCAGGCUGCACGAAUAUCGGGCUGAUCUAGGUACAUGGAGGCUGUGGGGGUAUCUUGCUGAUGUUGUCCCGGCCGAGCUGGACACCGGGGACGCCUUCGGGGGUGAGCUUAUGGCACAGCUUAUUGCCUCCUGCACCGUGGCAACUGCCCGACUUCCAUCCACCCUCUGCUACGAUUGUGAGGGUGCCGCCCAGGUUGCCCAGGGAUCUGCCAAGACAUGUGCUGCUACGCCUCUUCGUGAGGCCUCGGCAUCGGUCGCAGCAUAUAAUGUGGCUACGGGUUACGUGCCGGCCUUUCUUCACGUCAAAGGUCAUAGUGGUAACCCUGGCAACGAGUUGGCAGAUUUUGUGGCAAAGAGGGCCAUCGAUGAGCCGACUAGCCGCGCCCCCUUGGGGGAUGCCUUUUUCGCCGAUUAUGUGGCUGAGCGAGCCUUUAAUUGGCUUUGGUUCUUUGAGGUUGCCCCCAUACUCCUGCUCGACGCGAACGCGCGUUACAAUAAUGAUGGCAGCGUUGAGGUUCCCUGUAAUGGCAAUGCGGAGGAGUUGGAGCGGGUCCUUGCGGACUUUGGACUGUGCAGGUCUGCUGCCUUUGAUCCUGAUGGUUCCCCCCGGCCAUCCUGGAGCCCUCCAGGCUCGCAAGGUCCUGCUGUGUGUUUGGACUACAUUGUCUGGCCGUCCAUCUGGAGCGAUGGGUUCUGUGACGUGGGUGUGACUAAGAUCCUUGAUGAGCAUGCCGAUAUUGACCACCAGCCCAUCGUUGCCAAGGCUGAUCUUAUGCUCCGCAAACAUGUUUCUGGAAGGCCCAAGAUAGACAGGGAUGCCAUGUGUGGGCCUGAAGGCCGCGCUAAGCUUCAUACACUAUAUGCCACAGCGCCCCAGCCAGGCUGGGCCACAUCCAUCAAUGACCACCUGCUUGCCUUUAAUCACCACUUGCAGCGGGGCAUUGCUGAUCUUUUCCCUGUUCAAAGUGUCCGCCCGCGAAAGCCCACGAUUACGCCGCAGACGUGGGGUGUUCUUCAGGACCGCAGGCAGCAAAGGCGGCGAUUCCGGCGGCAGCGCCUCCUUUUCAGCAGGUGGUUGCUCGCGCGCUGCUUUGUGGGCUGGCGUCAGGGCGCCGGCGGCACUGCUGCAGGCCGUCGCGUGCGUGCUUUCGAUGUUUGCGCUGCUCAUCACAUGCGUUGUAUGCGGGAGCUUACCAAGAAAGCAAGGGACCUGCAGAAGCAGGAUGAUGCGGAGUUCACACGACGGCGUUUCGCUGAGGCUAGGCAGGAAGGUCCCGAGGCUCUCGCUAAGCAGUUGCGUGCGGUGCUCCGGAGCGGGCGCAGUGGCAGGAUUCCGCAUCUUGCGCUGGAGCUUGAGACUGCUGAUGGCCUAGUUGAUGAGCCCGCUCAGGUUAAGGAGGCCUUCGCCAGACACUUCGCCGGGAUUGAAGGUGCACAGGCCUGUCAGCUUCGUGACGUUGUUCACCAGGUGGAUGUGCCGGAAGGCGAGGUGUGUCGCCUUGAGGAGGUGCCAGCAGUAGCACAAAUCGCGGCAGCUUUUGCCUCCCUUAAAAGGGGCAAAGCUAGCGGUAUUGCUGGGCUUCCUUCAGAGCUUUACAGCCAGUGCCCACUUGCUGCCACCAUGGCACAUAUGCCGCUCCUCCUCAAAAUCUACAGUAGGCGGUGUUUCCCGACGCUUUGGUCGGGGAUUCUAGCGUGUGCCAUUCCCAAACCAGGCAAAUCGGCCAGGACUGUCGCUGGCUACAGGUCCGUCGCUUUAGCUGAACCGGCUGCCAAAGGCUUUCUCAAAGCGACCCGGCCAGCCUUGAGCCAAGGCUUUGAGGCGGUGGCACUUCCGACCAUAGGGGGGGCGCGAGUCAAGCACCCUACUGAGCUUGCUGCUCUCAGCACUCAGUGUCACCUCACCCGGUUGAAGCGACAAGGCCUCUCUGGAGGGGUGCUCUUCCUGGACGGCACUUCUGCCUUCUAUGCUGUGCACCGGGAGCAUUUGUUCACUGGUGACUUGAGCAAGCUGCACACCCACAUCUGCAGCCUGCCCCUUGAAGAUGAAGUGCGGAAACGUGUAGCGGCUGCGCUUUCCGAUCAGGGUGCCCUCGAUCGCGCAGGUGUGCCUCGCGGCACGCAACAGCUUCUCCAGGCAGCAUUCGGCGCUACUUGGUUUGUCGUUGAUGCUGAUAGUUGCCAGGUUCAGGCCACAAGCCGGGGGACUACACCCGGAUCACCCCUGGCAGACAUUCUGUAUCAGUUUGUCUCGGAGGCAGCUGUACGUUGCCUUUCUGAACACCUUUGCUCUGAAGGCAUAGCAGCAAGUGUUGGUAGCCCAAGUGGCACGGUGUGGGCCCUGCCGCAGUCCUGGUUGGAUGACCUUGCCAUCCUUGUCGAGGCAGGCCAGGCUGCUGGUUGUGCCACGGCCUUUGCGCGUGCAGCGGCGCUGGCCCACCAGUAUCUGUCGGUAACAGGCGUUGCUGUAAACUAUGCAAAGGGCAAGACCGAGGCUGUCCUUGUACAGGUUGGCAAGGGGUCCGAUGCUGCGAGGCGGGCUCUUUUUGUUGAGGGUGCUGGGCAGAUCAGGGUUGCGCUCCCGGAUGGUUCCGCGUGUCUACUCCGCUGUGUCCCUGAGUAUGUGCAUCUCGGCACUGUGCGUGGAUGUUCGGGAGGUUGUGAGGCUGCCGUGAUUCGGAGGGAUCGCCUUGCCCGUGAAAAACUCCAAAACUUCAAGCGGCGUAUCCUCGCCAACCAGCAUCUGACAUGCAAGGAGAGGCAAAACCUCUUUAAGGCUGUUAUCCUUGCCCGCUUCCUGCACGGGUUGGGCACCUUGGAACUGGCCAGCAAGCAGGCCCAUCGCCUCUUUGCCAGCCGCUACCUUGGUUUGGUGCGUGCAGCCGUCAGGCCGCUGCAUGGCGUGCCCUGCAGAAGGCUUACUGAUGUUCAGGUUUGCUCCCUUCUGGCAGUUGUCACCCCGCGAGAGGCUGCUGAUAUCGCCCUAGUCCGGGCGUUAGCUCAUGUCAGUUCCAAGGGUGAUAGCUACUUGCGGGCUUGCGUGACUGACUCGGUGUGGCUGGCUGAAGCUUCGCAGGCUGCUGGUCGCAUUGCCGCGCUGACCAAGUCUACUGCCUUGAGUGUCCAGGCUGAUGCCCCUGCCGGGGGAGCUCAGCUGCUGUCCCUUUCACCUGAGCAAGUGCGCCCCAUUCUACGCCGGUUUAGCCAACUUUGUGUGCAGAGUCGGGCCUCCCUUGCUGAGCCAGCUCUCUGCAAAGCGCGUGCGCAUGUUCAGGCGGAGAAGGAUGGGCUUCUCUACUUUAAGGUUCCGGUAGCUGUGUCUGCUGCAUGCCGGGAGCACUUCUGCCUCGAGUGCUCGAUUGGCUUCCAAACGGCGGCCGCGCUGGGAUCCCAUAUGGCCCGACGGCACGGCCAGUCUGCGUAUUCCUCACAUGGUUUUGGCACGGCAUGUGAAGUAUGCAGGAAGCAAUACUGGUCGACAAAAAGACUCCGUCAGCACUUGCGGCAAUCCGGCCGUUGCGCCCAGGUGUACUACGAAGCUGACUGGGAGGCGGGCCAGCCAGCGGAGCAGGUUGCUGAUUUGUGUGUGCCCCCGGUCGCGUUGGUCGGGCCGGCACCGUGGUGGGCCACGCACAGUUUUGCCGUGUCUGAACGUUGCAUCCAGAUUCCUGAUGUCCCAGAUCCACUGACUAGCUUGCCAACCAUAGCGAGUUUUGGUCAAGUGCCGCCCUUUGUGAGAACAUGGGUACAUGCAGUUGAGUCCGGAUGGAUGCCACCAGUAGGAGCGGAUGUACAGGGCGAUCGGCACGUUGCGCUGUUGGCACAUGCCGUUGCGUCACAGAUUGGAGCCCAGCGCAAGGAGAGCCUUGUACAGUUCGGCAAUUGUGCUGGCCUGGUCUGCUGGGACUCCGCGCUAAUCGGACCUACGCGGGCGGUACUGCGUGCACGGUCCUCAUACUGGCCUCACAUGUGA